CUAUUUUUAAGUUACCUGUCAUUUGUGAAGGGUCAAUUGCAAGAACAAGAACAAAAUACACAGACAGAUAGAAAGAGAGAGAAAGAGCGAGAAUGAAGAUAUUUAGUAUUUUUAUUUGUUUAAUUCCCUUCGUCUUUGUCGGUUGCGAUGAGUAUCCAGAUAAAUGCUUAGACGGACCAUACCAUAGAGACGAACCGGCACCUGAAACAAAAGAGUAUAAGGCUUGCAAAUCAUUCGCACGUAUGACUUGCUGUACAGUUGAACUUGCCGAUAUGAUUCACAGAAAUAAUGCUAAAGAACUUUACAAAGGAUUUCAUUGGGAAUGGUGUGGAACUUUAAGCGAAUCUUGUCAACAAUUUUUAAGAGACGAAGAAUGCUUUUACCAGUGUGAACCUCAAUUAUGGAGAUUUAAAAAGACUAAUAGUACAAUAGCCAAUGUACCUAUAUGUUCAUCAUAUUGUGACGAUUGGUUCAAAGCUUGUAAAAAUGACAAGACAUGUGUUGUGAACUGGCUGUCAGAUUUCAAGUAUAGCAAUUCAAGCUAUCAAUGUCCGGACAAUUCUGCUCAAUGUCGAACGUUCGAAGAAGUUUAUAAAGAUUCUAAAGGUCUUUGUAAUAAAAUGUGGGGUGAGGCGUUUUUCUACGAAACUAACGAGGAGAAUUGUAUGAAAUUUCAUUACGAUCCUCUAAAAGAAGAUCCCAAUAAGAAUGUUAGACCAAAAUCAUCGACAGCGAACACGACUUCUACUCCUAUUGCUUCUAUUGUAAUCUUAUUUAUUUUAUCUCUUAAAGUAGUCCUUUGA